UCCACCUCAGAGAUGACCUCCACCUCAGAGAUGACCUCCACCUCAGAGAUGACCUCCACCUCAGAGAUGACCUCCACCUCAGAUCUGGAGCAGCUGGCAGAAAUAGAGCUUCAGAAGGAGGACGAAGAGGAGGACGAAGAGGAGGAUCAGAGCUGCGUCACAGACGCUGCGUCACUUCCUGCCGGCGGCAGACCGGAUCCUUCCCACCCGUAUUACGACGUGGCUCGACACGGCAUCGUGCAGGUCUCCGGUGACGAUAAGUACGGCAGGAAGUUGAUCAUCUUCAGCAGCUGCUGUCUGCCUCCAUCGCACCAGCUGAACCACCGCCGCCUGCUGGAGUAUCUGAAGUUCACGUUGGACCAGCAUGUGGAGAUGGACUACAUCCUGGUUUACUUCCACCACGGUCUGAGGAGCAGCAACAAGCCGUCGCUCAAAUGGUUACGAGAAGCGUACAGCGAGUUCGACAGGAAAUACAAAAAGAACAUGAAGACUUUGUACGUCGUCCAUCCGACGAGCUUCAUCAGAAUCGUCUGGAACAUCUUCAAACCUCUGAUCAGUCACAAGUUUGGGAAGAAGCUGACGUACGUGAACUACCUGAACGAGCUGCGAGAACACCUGAACUACGAGCAGCUCAUCAUCCCUCCUGAUGUGCUGCGACAUGAUGAGAAGUUACGAGCUGCUCAGAAAGGUGGACCUCCUCCCUCAGUGAAGACCCCCCCACCUCGACCCCCCCUGCCCACACAGCAGUUUGGAGUCAGUCUGCAGUACCUCAGAGAGAAGAACAUGGAGGCACUGAUCCCUCUGGUGAUGUCUCAGACUGUCACCUACCUGAAGGAGAAAGGUCUGAGGACUGAGGGGAUCUUCAGACGUUCAGCUCGAGUUCAGCUCAUCAAGGACGUUCAGAAGCUCUAUAACCUCGGUGAGUGGGGUCUCCCUCCCUGA